CAUUUCACUGUAUCAUGGCUGUUAUAGAGAGGUUUAGAAAAACAAUAGGCCUUACACCUAUGACCAGAUUGGGUGAAUAGGGAUGUUGUUUACUUUGUCAAGCCAGCUACGAGUAUAGCACCGUUAACUCGAUUAAGCAUUGGAUGAUAUUGACCUUUAGCAUUAAUCACGGUCAAAAGAGGCGGUACGUGGCGUGGUCAGUCUUUAACUGGGAGAUUGCGGCGGUGCGGGGUGGUCUGGUUGACCUGUCAACAACUCUGUUGACCAAUGUAAAUAGGAUACGAAAACCACCCUCUGGGAUUUUUUUGUAUUUGUUGAACAUCUAUAACUAUAACUUUAUUUAUAUAAUUGUUUUGUCUUGAAUUAUUGUACUGUCAUUUACGCCUCGUAUUAACACAGGAAAAAAAACGAACGAAGAAAUGGAUUUAAAAUAGGCAAAUAGAGAUAAUGUGUGAACAUAAGAAGUUAAAUUGAAUAAUCAAUGCAACUGUUCUAAACGAAAAUAAGCAAUUGAUGUCCCCAAAAAAUCCACAUGAUCAUGCAUAAUGUUGGGUAAAUUUGCGGUUAAAAAAUGACGGAAAGAAACGAAGUGUACACACAUAAGCGGUAGAUUCAAUAAGUUCCAGCUAGAAUCCAACAUAACAUUAUAUUGGAUCCUAGCUUCCAAGCAGGUUUCAAAGGGAAUAGUCACCGGAAAUCGAGUUGGGGAAUUUUAGGUAGUGCAGAUUGGUUUUGAACUGAGACUGGCCGUUUACAGAGAUUGUCAAGAUGUGGAGGAGAAGGCUGAAGAGGGCAACUUAAACAAUGGAAUCUAUGGAUUGUAAAAAUGAGAAGUGAUGGGUUUUCUGUUUACUAUCCAAGGAAAUGGGUUUACGUCUACCCAGCUGCGUUUUACUGGGCGUGAUUGUGGUGUUUGCCAGCCUGAAGCCAGGGGAAGCCCAGCUCUACGGCAGCAACCCAUUCGCUAGGUGUGGUGUAAACGCCACCAUCAACGGUACAGUAAGUCAAGGUAUUGUACCCACGGUGGAACUUGGCAAGGCAGUGGGGCUCAUCCUAGGAUUUGGAUUAUUCGCAGUCCUUGUUGCCAUGGCGUUUAACCUUGUGAGGAAAUAUGUAUACCACGAUGCAGAUAACCUAGAUACAGCAUUCGACGCAGGUGGAAAUGUUUCUAUUGGACUUACUGCUACAACUAUCGUCUCGCAAUGGACCUGGUCUACUACCCUUCUACAGUCAGCUACUGUAGCCAGCAAGUAUGGUAUCAGCGGACCAUUUUGGUAUGCAGCUGGAGCUACAAUCCAAAUCGUUCUCUUCGCCAUCCUCUCUAUUGAACUGAAAACGAAAGCUCCGGGCGCGAAAACAUUCUUACAGGUUAUCAAGGUUCGAUUUGGAAAGGCCACGCACAUAACAUACUGCGUAUUUGCUUGUUUAACCAAUCUAGUUAUUAUGGCGUCCUUGUUGCUGUCUGGCACUGCAGUCCUGACCAGUUUAGUUCAAGGCCUCAACAUGGAGAUGGCCUGUAUGAUCAUGGCGGUGAUCGUUGGAGGGUACACUCUUAUUGGUGGAUUGGGAGCAACGUUCUACGUGUCCUACUUCAACACAACACUCAUCUUUUCAUUGGUGUUAAUCCUUGUUGUGGAAGUGUAUUACAAUCCGUACGGCAAUGAGAAAAACCCAAUUGGAAGUGCGUCAAAGAUGUACGAUUUAUUAAGUUGUAUCAAUGGGCCACCGGGAAACGCGGAAGGAAGUUAUUUGACAUUUUUCUCAAGCGGUGGACUUAUGUUUGGUGUAAUUAAUAUCGUCGGGAAUUUUGGCACAGUCUUCUGCGACCAGGCCUACUGGCAGAGCAGUAUUGCAGCAAAGCCUCUUCAGGGAGUCUGGGGAUUUAUUUCUGGAGGGUUGACUUGGUUUGCGAUACCUUUGACCAUGGCGACAACCAUGGGGCUUGCCUACCUGGCCUUAGCUGCCGAGUCCGGUCAAACGAUGCUCUCACCAACAGAAGUGGACAAAGGCCUCGUUCCGCCCCUUGUGGCUCAAAAGCUUCUCGGCACCUCUGGAGAAUACAUCAUCUUGCUGCUCAUUCUAAUGGCGGUGAUGUCCACGGGUUCCGCAGAAGUCAUCGCUGUAGCAUCUCUGAUUAUCUACGAUAUUUACAAGACGUACAUCAACCCAUUCAGAAAAAAUCUUCCUGCUGAAAACUGUAUGUUAUGUGGAAAGCACAGGAUUAACGAGUGUUCCUGCAUUCCUGUCAACCUGUGUAAAAUCUGUCAACAAGACGCCCUUGCGGCACGCAGCAAGCACGAGCUGGGAGUCAAACCAUACAACAAGUGUCCAGUCCAUGGGAUGUAUCGAGAAUACUUGGCCCAACUGCUGAACUACAAAAAUUGGUGUAUUCUUUGGGUUUCUGCGUUCACGAUUCCAUGGAUUCUGUUCUGUGACGGCGUCCAGUUGAACCUCAGCUGGGUUUUCCUGUUCACCGGCGUACUGAUUGGUUCCGUCGUUAUACCAAUCAGUCUGGCUAUCACGUGGUCUAGGAUGAAUGCUGCAGGAAUGAUAUCAGGCGCUGUUGUCGGAUGUGUUCUUGGCAUUACCUCUUGGCUUAUAACAUCCUCACAACACGAGGGAGGACUGGCCAACUUCAUCAUCAACACCGGCAAAGAGGACAGCAUGCUAGUCGGGAACUGCGUCUCCAUUGGCUCGGGCGGCAUUACCUGCAUCAUUGUAGCCCUUCUGACCAAUAGACGAGUCUCAAAGGAAGAUGUCAUCGCAGAAUGGGAGAAAACUCGUAAUAUCGACAACCCGCUCAAUCCCUGGGUCCACCUUUAUAGGCAUCUGCCAAGGGAAAACAAGGACGCUCGACCUUCUCACGGGGAAUUUUUGAAGAUGUUUCGACCUGCGAAAAUCACGGCGUAUUCAGCUGGCGUCAUCCUCACUGUCGUCCUUGUUAUCGUGUGGCCGGGAAUAAUGGCGGCGCUUCGGGUCCUGAGCAAGGAGCUGUUUGCAGGGUGGACCUAUCUCUCUCAGGGUUGGUCGUUAAUCGCUGCAACAUUUAUCAUCAGCGUUCCUCUCAUACAGGAGGUAAAGGGAAUAUGGGACCAGCACAAAGCCAAUAAGGAAGAUUUCCACGAACUUAGCGGAAGCGUAGAGAACGGUCUAAGUGGUGCAACUCCAUCCACAAGUGUCGGUAAUGUCAGCACAGCGACACAUUUUACGUCUCUGUAAAGUGUGGCCAAACGCAAAUAUAUGUUUCAAUCAAUCAUUUAUUGAUAAUGGCCUAAGAUAAAAUGCUUCGCCAAAAUAAAAAUAUAGCGAAGAGACGCUAAUGAAGACUCCAUACAUUUUUUAGGUCAUGAAGCACAGAGCGUGAACUACAGGCCAUGUUAGAAGCGACUGGAGCUCUACAUAAAUAAUGGUUAAACCACUGAUAAAACACUGCCUUAAUAUUACCUUAAUAUUACCUCCUAGUCCCCAUUGUUUUAUUCUUUUCUGUGAAUGAUGCACUAUUGUAUUCUCUUUUUCAAUGCGCAGUAUCAAUGUAACAUAACACAAGUAGAGAAAUAUAUUUUUAAAGCAGCA